UCGUAACCCUAAACUGAAAUAUCUGGGAGCGACGGAUUCUGGCAUAUCUGUAGCAGAGAGAAUCGAAACGAUGAGCUUAGCUCUGCUGCAAGGCUACUCCUCAGCUGAAGAAGAGGAUGAUGAUCAACAGCAAUUAUCGCGAGAGGAAAUCUCCUCCGAUGAUGAGGAAACCGACGCCGUUCCGAGGACUAGCCGUUCCUACAAACCCUUGUUCGAUCCAAAUCCCCCCUCUUCUUCCGCCUUGCCCUCCGCUUUUGACGCUUUCUCCGAAAUUUCAGGGCCGCCGCAGUUUCUGAACAAUUCCGUUCAAGAGGAUGCAGCGAAAGAGGAUGGGCAGCGGUGGAAGCAUGGUGGUAGGAGAAAUCGUAAAGAAAAGAAGGAUUUGCCUUCGGGCGCUGUAGUGGAGUCUAAGCCUCAGUUGGUCGGAAUACAUGAGAGAGUCAGAAGUGAUGUUGGAAGCAACAUCUCGCAAGGCCAGAGUGGUGCUUCUACACCCACUGCACAAGGAGGAAGACGCAUGCCAACUGUUAGCAACCCCAGUGCAGAAGAUGCAGCUGAGCUCUUGAGGAUGUGUGUGAGAUGUGGAGUUCCUAAAACUUACUCUCAUACAAAAGGGAUAGUCUGUCCAGUUUGCAGUGACCGACCUGUGGACUCAGAUAAAGAACCUGUGAAGAAGAAGGGCUCGGCCAUUAAAGAUAAAGAAAGGAGCAAGAGAAUGAAGGGCCAAUCCUCACAUGCAACAUGGAAAAGUGAAACAGAGAUGCAACUCCGGCAGCAGUUUGAUUAGCAGUGCUGUUUGAUAUUUUUAGGUUUAAAGUUGUAGAACCUCGAAACAUGUUGCUGAACGACCUGCUUCAGUAAUUACACACUCAGGGAGCAUGUAGUGCCAAAAUUUCUUGUCUGUCUUGGUUUCCAUGUCAUUUAAUCA